UAGGCUGGUUAGUGGGAGGCCGUUUACAGUCAGAGACGUGAGAGACGAGCUCAGCAAACACGUCUCUCUUUGUGCUUCUCCUUUUCCAUUUGGGUUUCGGACAGAAAACCGGUUCCACGCUCUGCUCGUUGGUGUGAAGUUGAAGCAUUCAGGUGGAGGUCAAAGGCCGUGUGUCAUGACCCCACGAGAGCAGCUGAGGAAGAUGACGGCGCUGGGAGAGCAAGGGGCUUUGGAUGAGAAGCAUUGGUACCGUCUGGUCAACGGGAUGUCAGCUGGAGAGCUGAGGCAGAGGCAAGAGAUGAUAAUGAGGAACCAGAUGGCCAUGGCGCCGCAGAUCCUCUCCCAGGGGCAGCAGAGGUUACAAGGGGUCCCGGCACAGUUCGAGCCUCGCUUCAUGGAGAGAGAGAUGGUUCCCCCCUCCGAGAUGGUAGCGUCCGACGGCAGACAAAUGCACAUGAGCCCUCACCUUGGGCCGCCUCUGCCCCCCCAUGCCAACAUGCUUCCUGGGAGACCAUUCCCUGGAGCAGCCGGCUACGGCUUCUUGCCCUCGGAGCCCAUGGAAACAGUUGCCCGGCGACAGGAGUUCAUUCACAAGCAAAACAUAGCCAGAAUGGAGAUGAAUGCCAUCCUGCACCAGAAGGAGCUGGAGAACGCCCACCAAAAGGGGCUCAUGGGAAUGGACAAUCCCAUGGCGUACUCCUCCAACCCGAUGGCGUUCAGAGGCCGCCAGCGCAUGCCGGAUGGCCACGACGUCUUCGUCCACCGUCCCACCAUGGACGACCUGCACUCCAACAGCAUCCUGAUGUCGGCCAGCCCUUACCCGCCAAUCAGCACGCUGCACAGAGAGCGGGGGCGCAGGGCCGGCAGGAGGCCCAACGUCAGCAAGGGCGCGGAGAGCCACGUGUCCCACCUGAAGGGCCAAACGGAAGACAAGGGGGUGGAGCAGAGCCCGGGAGCCGCGUCGGGGGAGGAGAAAGAGGCCGAGGCAAAGGGGGACAUGGGAGAGGAGUGUCCCGCCAGCAAGCCGCACCACCAAGCCAAGGUGGACUCUGAACUCCCCGCCGGAAGCAGGAAGAACUACAAAGAGGGGGAGGCGGGUCUACGCAAAGCCUGCGUGAACAGUCAGGAUGGGUCGGAGGUGGCCAGCAGCGGUGCCAAUGAUAAAGACCUGUCCAACCAAUGCUCGGCUUUCCAGGAGAAAUUCAUGUAUCCCUCGACGGGCGGAGCGCUGACGGGGAUGCCUUACAUGUUCCCAGUCCCAGGAAACGGUUUCCUUCCCCCUGGUCCACCCAGUCUCUUUCUCAACAAUGACGAGGCGUCCGAAGACAUAAGGAAGUGGACAGUGAAUGAUGUGUACAACUUUAUCAACAGCGUACCCACUUGUUCAGAAUAUGCCCAGAUGUUCAAAGACCACAUGAUUGAUGGGGAGACUCUGCCCCUCCUGUCAGAGGAGCACCUGCUGGACACGCUGGGACUCAAACUGGGACCAGCUCUUAAGAUCCGCUCACAGGUGUCCAGGCGUCUGGGAAACAUGGUGUACAUGAUGAACCUUCCACUCUCCACCUCCACACUGCAGGCCACUGCUGAGAAGCCCGCAGACCGCUCAUCGGAGAUUGGCUCACCUGUGAACUGCAACAGUGAGGAGAUGAUGGCGAGCCCAAGGGACCCUGACAUCCUCAAGUCAACUGAGCACCUACACGACACAGAAAACAAUUCCCCUCCAUCAGCCAGCAGUGAGACGGCCUGAUCAGAACUGAUCUUGUGGACCUCACCGAGCCCUAUCUGACUGCCACAGUCCUGGAUCUGUUUACAUUUUGAUUAACUGCAUUAAAGAUACUUCUUUUCAAUGCAGGGGUUCCCACUUGUGCCAGGUAUAUGCUAAAUAUGUUUAUUUUAUAUAUAAAUGUUCUUAUAUUUUUAACAACCACAGUGGAGUGAAAUUGAUGUGAGAAUUGUGAGAUAAGAAGAUGGUCCAAUUAUAUUUUGCUUUUCCUUUUUUACGGUACUAGUUUUAAACUUUCUUAUUUUUCAAGCUGCUAAGCUCCAUUUCUCCAGUAGAGUAUCAUAAGAACC